GUGACAAACACACCUACGAACAGUGCCCUGGCAGGCCGCCGUGCCACUGCUUGUUGAACCGCCUCCGCUCUUCGUGUCAUCAUAUACCUGGGACUACCACUUUUUUGCAUUGAUAAAUACCCUUAACUGUUGUGUCUGAAGUCAGGCACGCUACUACGACGAAAGUCCGUGGAUAGUUUCCAGCCAUUCGUUUCACAUGUUACGGCCUCAGCCUUUACUCUCCUUCGAGGUAGAUACCUCUGGACAAGACACUUCCCUCAAACACGAUGAUUUUGAUUCAGAGGUCCGGAGAACUUGGUAUCAUUACCUACCGCUGUGUUUGCUACUUUUCCUCAUGGUAGCUCCCUAUCCUUCGUUGCUCAUUGUACUCGUAAACCACUAUCUUCUCACAUUGAACGAGCCCAUUGCCUUCAUUGUUCAUUUUUUGAUCACUUUCACCCUCGAAUUCCUCGCCUUUGCCUCCCUGAUGGUUUGCGUAGUUCGUGAUCCCGGUCCAGUAUACAUGGACGCUUCCGACCACGAUCCUGUCCAUCAACCUGAAGAUAUGGGCCUCGCAGAAGCUUUGAUGACCAUGGAGAAUACCGACGACGACUGCAGUCCUGACAAGUUCUGUCGGAAAUGUUGGGUACCUAAACCGGAGCGUGCGCACCAUUGCAGCGUAUGUGGCCGCUGUGUUUUGAAGAUGGAUCAUCACUGUCCUUGGCUCGGAGCUAAAUGUAUCGGACAUAGAACAUACCCAGCAUUCGUUCACUUCUUGACUUGCAUCACUGCCUUCUCCGCAUACGUCGCUACUAUAUCUAUAUCUGCAGUCUGGUGGUCUUUCGAUAACCCACUUCUGGUUCCGGAUGAGUCUACCCCCGUUCAUGAAUUGUUACUCGCCACUGCUGGCGUGAUUUUUACUCUGGUUGUUGGUUCCUUCUUGGUAUACCAUGUUUACCUCAUCACUACUAACCAGACUACUGUUGAAGCCCUGUCACCAUUCUUAUUAUUGAGAUAUAUUCCUCCGUUACCGGUGUCCAUGAAGUUGUCUGAACCUCCAAUGGAGGAAGAGCUAUCAUACAAUCAACGUAGAGUGGUCCGUGAUGCACAUAGGUUCGUGCGCAUGUAUGACGUCGGGUGGCGAAGAAACUGGGCGCAAGUUUUCGGAUGGAGCAAGCCGCGAGGGUGGCUUUAUCUUCUUCUCAUUGGAGGCUCUGUGAAUGGUGAUGGGCGGUCAUUUCCACACAAUCCACGCUCACAAGACAUGCUAUCCCAGCUCGCGGCCCGCCUCGAAAAAGAAGCUUGAAAUAGAAUUGCUGGGUGACACGGUAUAUCUCACUUUAUCAAGUAUGCGGAGAGAUGGCAGAAUCCACCAGAAUAUCAAACUACGGUAGGGGAAAUGAUGUUUCCCAGUGACACCCAUGCAUUGUCAUAUCUAUACAUAUAGUUGAAAAUUUGCGACGCAACUGAACAUCGGCGAUUCUGCCGUUGGGCCCGUAAAAAUACAAAGCCAGUGUUUCUGUAUUUAUCGAACCAAGGUCG